UCUCCACCGGUAAAAUCCACCGAGGACUGACCGCUUCUGCCUCUUCUUCACAGCGGCAUCACGGAGCGCCGACUCUCCGCCUCUCCGCCUCUCCUCCCCGGCCUGACGGGCCGCGAAGAGCCGCUGACGGCAAGGACGAGCCGCGGAGCACCGGAGGACAGCGCCUCUGCACCGGAUGAUGGAUGUAACUCCGGUACCGACUGACGGACAAGGAGCCCGGUGGACUCGGCGGAGGGGCAGCGGGGACUUGUGAGCAUCCCUCCGGUCGGAGGAUCCCGGUUGUUUUCUGUAUUUAAAUUUUUUCCCACAAUGUCACCACCAAGGAGACGCGGCUGAGGCUCCCGCUCUUCCUCCCGGUGACCGUCAUCCUCGGCAGCUGUUUCUGACGGUUCCAGCUCCGGUAUGAGCUCAACCGGACCUUCCUGUCACAUCUGACCGGGGAUUUUGGGGGGUGGUGGCGGCGGGGUGCUGGUGGGAGACGCAUUGGGAUUUUUUGGAUGAGAACCGGUCACCGGGCCGGAUUCCGUGCGGAGGGACGCCGGCCGGAGCGGAGGAGGAGGAGGAGGGAGGAGCAGCAGCAGCGACGGCAGCAGCUGCGGGGAACCGAACUGACAACCUCCUCCCCGGGGGGAGAGCAGCAGCGAGGCGGCCAGAGGAGGAUGUGAAGAUGGGUUUAGUUUUCGGUCUCCUGUGGCUGUUCACCGGCUUCCUGCAGGGCGCGCACGGCCAGGGCGUGUACGCGCCCCCUACAGUGCGCAUCGUGCACUCAGGUCAGGCCUGUAACGUGGAGGAGGAGCGCUACAGUGAGAGAGUGUACACCAUCAGAGAGGGAGAGACUCUGGAGCUGCAGUGUCUGGUGACAGGACACCCCCGACCACAGAUUCGUUGGACUAAGACGGCGGGCGGAGCCUCGGACCGCCAGGGCGACUCCUCGCUGCACAACGAAACUCUGAAGAUCGAUAAUAUCAGCCGCCACCAGGGGGGGCGCUACUACUGCAAGGCUGAGAACGGGCUGGGAUCCCCUGCCAUCCGCUCCAUACGAGUCGACGUCUACUACCUGGACGAUCCGGUAAUAACGGUACAUCAGAGCGUCGGUGAGGCGAAGGAGCAGUUCUACUUUGAGAGGACGGUGUUUCUUCGCUGCGUCGCCAACUCCAACCCACCUGUUCACUACACCUGGAGGAGAGGCCGGGAGGCGCUGACCCAAGGCUCCGACUCCGGGGUGGAGAUCUACGAGCCGUUUUUUACACAGGGUGAGACAAAAAUCUUGAAGCUGAAGAACCUUCGUCCUCAAGAUUACGCUGAAUAUACCUGCAUCUCCUCCGUCAGGAAUGUCUGUGGCAUCGGAGACAAGAGCGCCCAUUUCAGUCUGAACAACAGGACAGCUCCUCCCUCCAUUAAGCUCCUCCUGGACGACCCCCUGGUGGUGAACCCGGGGGAGACGAUCACUCUGGUGUGUGUGGCAUCGGGUGGAGACCCUCCUCCCACCCUGAGGUGGGUGAGGCCGGGAGGGGAGGAGCUCCCAAGGAGGAGCGUCAUCAACGGCGGCACGCUGACCAUCCCCGCUGUCACCGUAGACGACGGCGGUGCCUACAGCUGCAUGGCGUCCAACAACGUGGGCAAUCCCGCCAAGAAAUCCACCACCAUACUGGUCAGAGGCCUCCGUAAAGGUCGGUUCUGGAUCACGCCCGACCCGUACCACAACGACGACAACAUCCAGAUCGGCCGGGAGGUGAAGAUCAGCUGCCAGGUUGAGGCCACGCCGCCUGAGGAGCUGCAGUUCAGCUGGUUGAAGAACGGCCGGCCACUGAGGAGCUCCGAGCGGAUGGUCAUCACUCACACCGACACCGACGUCUCACCGGGAACCACCAACCUCGACAUCAUCGACCUCAAGUUCACUGACUUCGGCACUUACACCUGUGUGGCGUCUCUGAGGAACGGAGGAACCCCCGAGAUCAGCAUCGACGUCAACAUCUCAUCCACCACAGUUCCUCCAGAGCUGACCGUCCCCAGGGGGCGCUCUCACCUCAUCGCUCAGGAGGGCGACACUGUGGACCUGCAGUGUCUGGUCUCAGGGAAACCCAAACCCAUCAUCCUGUGGUCCCGGGUGGAGGAGAGUGGGGGGGCAGCGGCAGCAGCAGUGGCUCUGAUGCCGGACGGCUCGGCUGAGACGGAGAGCUACGACGGCGUCCUGAGGAUCAGCAACCUGACGAGAGAGAUGAGCGGGACGUACCGCUGCCAGACGAGCCAAUACAACGGCUUCAACGUGAAACCCAGAGAGGCUCUGAUCCAGCUGGUGGUGCAGUUCCCGCCCACUGUGGAGCCAGUGUACACAGAGAUCCGUCAGGCUCUCGGCCGGGCGUUCAGCCUCACCUGCCGCCUGCUGCGAGCUCACCCAGCCCGCCUCUUGCGAUACGAGUGGAAGCUGGGCUCCCGCCUGCUCACCGUCGGACAGUUCAGCGACCAGCGCGAUGACACCAACUACCUAGUCAGAGCUCUGAACCGAGAGGGCUACGGCGAGUACACCUGUGACAUCACCAACGAGGCCGGGGCAGGGCGCUGUACCUUCCUGGUCACAGGGAAGGCCUACGCUCCAGAGUUUUACUACGACACCUACAGCGCUCUGUGGGAGAACCAACCUCGAGUCUACGGCUUCAAGCUGCAGUGGACACAGAUGGAGCCCAACGCCGUGGACCGGAUCCUGGCCUACAGACUCGGUAUCAGACAGAUGGGUCAGUCUCGCUGGUGGGAGCAGGAGAUUCCCAUGGAGGGAACCAUCCAGAAGGGGGAGCUGUUGACCUACAAUCUGACCAAACUCGUCAAACCCGAUUCCUACCUGGUCCGCCUCACGCCCAUCACCCGCUACGGAGAGGGCGACGCCACUGAACGCAUCAUCACAUACAGCGCUCCUGUUAACCCACAUCUCAGGGAGUUUCGUUGUGGUUUCGAGGACGAGGCGAUGUGUUUGUUCUCUCAGGACAAAACCGACGAGUUCGACUGGACCCGUCACAGCGCCGCCACACGAGACACCAAAUACACCCCGAACACCGGACCGAGCUCUGACCACACCGGCUCCAAGCAGGGUUUCUACAUGUACAUCGAGACGUCGAGGCCGAGGCUGGAUGGAGACAAGGCCAGGCUGCUGUCUCCCAUCUUCAACAUGAACUCCAAGAGCUCCUCCUCCUCCUCGUCUGCCACCAACAACCCCACCUACUGCUUCGCCUUCUACUACCACAUGUACGGGAAGCACAUAGGAGCUCUGAAUGUGUUUCUGCGUCAGAAAGGUCAGACGGUGAGCGACACCUCAGUCUGGAGUCUGACCGGUAACCAAGGAGACCGCUGGCGGCAAGCCAAGGUCAACAUCCAUCCAACCACAGCCUUCCAGAUGAUGAUGGAGGGCGUCCGGGGUUCGGGUAUCGAGGGAGAUAUCGCCAUCGAUGAUGUCACCAUUGAGGAGGGUGAAUGUAAAGACCCUCCCCCCAAAAAUCUAAGGUCUCCCGCCCCGCCCUCGUCACCCCAUAUAUGGCAGCUGUGUGUCACUCUGAGUCUGGCUCUGAUUGGCCGGCAGAGGUGACCCCCCCUCCUCUACAGAACGCCACAACCAUUGACUCUCCUGUCCCCCCUUCACCUCCCCAUCCAAUCCCAUCAUCCCCUGCCAUUCCCCCCCCCAACUACCAAAGAUAUGAACUACAGAGAGACUUCCUGCCAAGAUGGCUGACACAAAAGGUCAAAAGAGCUCAUAGAGAUGGGAUGACUUAAAGGAGCAGUCCACCACGGACAUUUGAGCAGAGUCAGGCUAGCAAUUUCCCCCUUUCUUCCAGACUUUAUGCUAAGCUAAUCACAUCCUGACUUAAGACAUCUGAACAUGUCGCUCUCAGGAAGACAGACAAACAUUUCCUCUAUUGUCAGAAAUGGAAAAUAAUAUCCAUAACUCUGUUUUCAUUAGUGUCUAAUCAGCUGAAUAUAAGAAUCUACAGAGAGGAUUCCCCGGCAGGGUUCACACUCUUUUUACACUCAGACAUUUCCACUUCCUGAAUUGACUGCAAUCAUUUUGCCAGAGCACAGGCUAAAAUACAAUAAAAAAUGUUCGGGCUAGUAAAUCUAAAAUAGAAUUGAACACGUCUUUUUUCCAGAGCUGAUGAUGGAAGUAGUUUCACUGUUGAUAGUCGCACAUCCUCAGUACCGAUCGGACACUCACAAGAAGAAAACGGACGCGUUAAGUUUUUGAAAAACUUUCCCUAAAAAGAGCAGACAGCAUCUCGCUACAUGGCAGCUAAGAGGGUUUUUAAUAAUAAUAAUAAUAUUACAUUUUAUUUAAAGGAGCCCGUCUGGGCACUCGAGGAACACCGUACAAUACAUAAAAAUAAAAACAGUAAGAAAUAAGAAACAAUUUGAUAACUGCUAAUAAUUAAAGCAGUUUGUAUGAGAAUAGAUUUCUGCCAUGUUUUCUACAGGAGCCCAGAACGGACAAAUCAAACACUGCCUGUAGAUAGAACCGUUUCAUGGCCACCAACUUUUCUCCUUCAUGCACAGAACCAGCUCCUGUAAUCCGUAAGACCGGUGGAGGAAAAGAAGGUUUCUAUAAUCCCGACUGCAGGUUUGUUCUUUACACGAUGUUUCAGAUGAACACGGAAAGUCAACAGAACUUUAUUAAACGUACACAAGGAGUUUUCCCGCUAACGGCAGGUACAGUUAGUAGAAGUUAAUUAGCAGUGAGGCCAUAGAUGUCUGUCACGCCUCGCUCUCAGAAACACUCAGAAGAGAGAAAGCAUUUGAUUGGACGCCACAUUAGUGUAAAGUCACUGUCAUCCGUUCUCUCCUGUGGAACUUGUUGACCUUUUGGUUUCAGCUCUGCGCCACAAAGCACAGAAAAUCAGGCGCUUCAGUCAGAAAAAGAGGAAAUAACAGCUUGAAUGUCACCUUUCCUGACCUCCCCUCUAUCCCAUCAUGCCCACUCAUAACCCCUCCCAGUCCUCCCCCUCCUCAGAUCAACAGUACUGUACCGCGAGCUGGACGGACAACCGGCAGUCUCUCAUUUUACAGCGGGCGGACGACAGAGUUAAAAGAUACCUUCAGAUCUUAUUUUGACGUCUGUCUGUCUGCGGCCCACCGGGGAGGAGAGUUCACCCUCUGCCAUGACAUCAAGUGCCUUCAGAUUCACAGAGGAAGAGACCGCCGGGCCGAGGACCGCCGCCGUCGUCACGGAACAAAAAGACAAAGCAUCAGACAUCGUUACGUCUUAAUGGCCGAGGAGAAAAUAACCGAUGAACAGAAAUAUCUCCGGGUCUGAUUAUGCAGAAAAUCAGUUUCUUACAGAUUUCUUGUUUGUUUGUUUUUUUAUUUAAUGAUGACAAGAGGAUUCUGGGAAAAAGGAAGCCAUGUUGGAUGGCAUUAAGAGGAGGCAGCAAAGAAGAAGCCAUGGACAGGAACUCUGGAUGCAGACAGGAAGCUGUUUGAUUUAUUUAAAGAACAACACGCAGGAUCGGGGACUGGAUAUUUAUCCAGUGGGAUUCAAGCAUUUGGUCUCUCAGAACUAUUUUAGUAUUUCAAGAGUUUUCAGAAGGACACGGAGACUUUGAUGCUACCUGAGACCAUUGGUUACCUUAAACUACAAAAACAGCUUUUGGAAAAAAGAGGAAGAAAAAUGCAUUGUAAAAUCAAAUCUUAUAUUGUUCCUAUGAUAUUAUAAAGAUGGGGGGAGUCUUUACAUUUCUCUUUUAUUUUGAUGGGUUUGAUGAGGGUGGGAUUUUUAGUUCUGGUUUAAGUUCUUUUUAUUUGUGGAAAAACUCAAAAUCAAGUUUGAAAGAUUAAAAAAGUUUUUGUUUUUUAAUUUCAGGGAGUUGAUGGUUUGAUACACGUCCUGCUGAAAAACACAUUUCUACUAAUAAUCCACGGUGAGGAUUCAUUAAAAGAAAAAGCACAAAAAGACAAAAAUAUAUUUAGUUAAACGAGUCUUACACACCUCAUGUUUCAUAUGGAAGCUCAUUUCUGCCCUGAAAAAAAGAUUGUAUUGUAUAAAUUAAAAUACUGGUCAUGACUUAAAAAGUCACUCAUAAGUUUUACAUAUAAUGUAACAUAAUUUCUAAUUAAUUGACUUAAAAAAAGUAACAAUCUCGAUUCACUAUCACAUAAUUUAAAAUAAUAUUUUGGACGCUUUAAUUUGGAAUUUGUCACAUUAUUUUAACUUAGUGUCUCAUAACUGAAAAUCACAAUGAGUGUAUGUAUUAGUCUGGAUUCUUAGGGGGGAUUUAUUUUGUUAUUCACAUGAUCAACUCGAUAGGACUUGAGUUUAAACAGAUUGUUAAUUUAACAUUCUUCUUCCACUCAGUAAGAGAGAUUAAUCUUUUGUUCUUUCAACCUUAAUUGUGACUUAAAAAUAUAGAAGUAUGAUUUACUUGCUGGUUUUGUUUGUCUUUUAUUCCUUUUUCUGGCAGAAAUGGUCUUCCGUACAUCAGCCUGUAUUCAUGUUGUCACAGAAAAACCACACGACUGCCAUUUUAAUCCACGUGGUUUCACAACAUCUGUGGAAAAAAAUAAAAAUUUUAACUUGAAAAUACAUUCAAAGACGCAGUGAAAGAGCAGUUGGAGCAACUUUAGGUUCUUUAUGUGACAAAUGUCAGAGUAUUUGUGGGUGGGGUUUCAUUUGCAGGAUAUAAUUGAGUUUGAAUUGAGUGAGUUGGACCUGCGACACGAGAUAAAGAGUGGUUUAAUAUGAUUCACUGUGUCUUUAAAAAUGUCUUUCAUGGAAAAAAAAGUUUCACAACACAAUACUGAUAAAUCCUGAUUUCCAUCUCAGCCUUUGAUAAGAAGUCUUUCAGCAGAAGAUCCAUUAGAUAACUUACACCCUCAGAUAAAUAUCGUUUCUUUUUAAUGCUUUGUUGAUUUUUUUUUCCUCCCUGUGGCGACACUUUUCCUCUCUCAGUGUGUUUUUCCAGUGCAGCUGAUAAUCAGAUUUUUAUUGAAGCUCCUCUGGGUGUCCGCUUAUCCUCCACUGCAUCAUUAUCACAUUAACUCUGUUCAGAGGACUCAAACUGUGCAUUAGUGAUUACAGCGCAGUCACACACACACACACACACACACACCAUCCCCACUCAUAAACUUAAAUAAUGUGUAAAUCAAAAAUCAUAAAUUAUGACACAAAGUCACAGUUUGUCAAAUUAAAUCAGAACGAUGAUAUAAUCCAGUGUAAUCCAGCCUGAGGGUCGGGACCCAUAUUAGGGCCAAAACUUCACAGAGGAUCGGAAAGCCUUUACCGCCAGUAGUCUCAGCCCCGAACAGAGACAAGACUUUGGACAGAUACAUAAAUAAAAUGUCAGAAAAGUAAAUUAUAGCACAUGAUGAAUAGAGACGGAGGUCCAACACAGUCGUGGAUUUAGACCACCCCGAGGUCUUGGUGCUUCAUUACUCUGCUAAGCAAAAGCCGCAUUUUAGAAAAAUAACUUUGGAUUGUUUUAAAAUAAAUAACAAUAAAAGUAAGACCCUCAGAACUGGUCACAUGUUGGUAUGUUAAAAUCACUCACAGGUCACACAAGUGAGUAAAAAGUUCUGAAUUCAUUAAAUCGUCUACAUUUCAAAUGAUCCUUGGAUGUGAUAGAAGUCGUCUCAGCUGGUCAGAACUGUCAACUCUCUGCAGUGGAAAAAAUAUGUCUUCAUUUAUUCCCCUGGGGGGUCUGAUGUCUGUGUUGUUUAUCUUUAGAUUUUUUGGGGAAGGGGCAAUAAAAUAAAAGUUUAAAAAAGCCACCGACGCGACUCUGUGGACGUGUGAAGAAAGAUAUUUUUAUAACUGUGAUUAUUCUCUGCAAUAGAUUCUCAGAUCAGUUGGACUGACUGAAGGUUACACUGCAUUCUGGUUAUUAUUAUUAUUAUUAUUAUUAUUAUUAUUAUUAUUAUAUGAAUAAAUACACUCCAAAUGUA